AUGCCUCGGGACCCGCCUCUGCGGCACUUUUCAGACGUCGACGAGCUCUCUGCUCCUCCUGUGUCGGAAGCGGCAAGUCGCGCAGCCGGCAUCGCCUCCUGGACCGCCUUCCAACCCGGCCGCGAUUACGAGCCCGCCAACCUCGAUGACGCCAGGGACGUGGCCCAAGAGCGUGCCUCCUUGGCGGAUAGCCUGGGCAUUUACCCGGAAAACAGGGCGAGCGAUGCGGCGUCCCUACGUCGUGUGGCCGUCGGCUCCAAAUCGCGGCAUGCCGCAUCAUCCCCUUGCUCCUCGGACCCGUUCUCGCCGCCCGGCUCUACGCAGUACCUGCUGGGCAAUCCCGCCAGUCCCGCCAGUCCCGCCAGUCCCGCCAGCCCCGCGAGCCCCGCGAGCCCGCUUCGGAGAAUAUCCAGGCGAUUCAAAUCCUUCACGUGGGCCAGUCCGUCCAGCUGGACGAACGAGACCUGGCAGCGUCAAGCGUCCGGGGAAGAGGGCCGCGCACGCGAUGCCGCUCCGCCGUCCCCGGAGACGGAGCCGAAACCGCAGGCUUCUUCCUCUCCUGGCAGCCCGGAUGCGGAACCGGGUGACUUUGAUGACCAGGUGUUUCGCACACGCUUUGGCGAAAUCCCAGAUUACUGCUGGUCCAAGCACGACGUGCAGAAAAAGAGGAGCAGCUUCGCGUACAUUGCCUUCUUCCUCUUGUGCUCGUACUCUUGCGUCAUGAGCCUGUUUUGGCUCUACGUGGCGUUGAGGCAGCCUGGGUGGAAGCAGCGGCUGUCCUCCAAGGGCCUCCUGACCCCCUCGACGGCGACGCUGCUCACCGCGCUGCUGGCCAAGACCAUCGAACUCUCCUUCGUGACGGUCGUCAUCGCCUGCCUGGGACAGGUGCUCACCAGGCGCUCCUUUGCGCGCGGCUCGCGGGGCCUGACGCUGGCCGAGAUGACGAUGCGCAACUGGGUCAUCCAGCCGGGAUCGCUCUUCACCCACUUCGAGACGCUGCCCUACGCGGGCGGCACCCUCCUGGGGGCGCUGACCAUGGCGGCGUCGCUGGCCGCCAUGUUCUACACCACCGCCUCGGACGCCAUGGUCGCGCCCAAGCUCAAGUUCCAGGGGUGGGCGAGGCGAGAGCUGGUGGGCGCCUUCGCCUCGUCGUACGCCAACGUCGGCUACGUCAAGGCCGUCUGCCCGGACCUGCUGGCCGCCCCCGCCAGCACCCAGGACAACCAGGACGCCUGCCUGAGCGUGCAGUUCUCGGGCCAGUCGUACCGCAACCUCAUGUCCUUCAUGUCGACGUGGGCGGCGACGCGCGAGAACCGCACCUCGGCCGCGACGCGGCUGGCGGACCGGCCCCCCGGCACCAACAUGCUCUACGACAACGCCACCAUGACGGCGGCGUGGAUCGAGACGCGGCACGGCAACGUCACGGCCGGCCACGCGCUGCACGGGCGCAUCGUCAACAACGUCACCAUGGCCAUGCCGCACCCGGGCGUCUACGACGCCGCCCGGCUCAGGGACAACCGCAUCAUGCAGCCCGACGAGCUGUCGGGCGUGGGCGAGUACGCCAUCCGCGCGGGCGUCGUCUCGCCGGCCGUCAACGUGCUGUGCGUCAACAUGGACCGCCAGGAGCUGGCGCCGCUGGUGUACACGGCCUGGCCGGACAGCGACACCAGGCCGACGGGCGUCGGCAACCAGACGACGGGGCCGGACAGCUGGGCCCGCAGCGUGCCGCCGUACGUGACCGAGGACGGAGAGCCCGACUACCUCAACCGGACGGCGGUGGAUGACAUUUUCCGCUGGGGACCGGCGUACAACCGAUGGCCACCCGUGUUUAGCCUGUACCCCAGCGAUUACAACAUGGUGGCCAACUCGACAGUCCACGACUCAGACUCCAUCUACCUCCUCGGCAAAAGCAGCGCCAUGGCCAACUAUACGCUCUGCCAGAUGCGCUCGUGGGUGUCGCCCCUCUGCUCAACCUGGCUCGACAUGUCCGGCACGCGGGGCAUCAGCAUGACGGCGCACUGCGAGGACCCGGACGACCCGGACGCCUACCACCGCUCAUUCCCCGCGGACCAGGAGUGGCCGCCCCCCUCGACCGACUGGAAGUGGAUCGGAGACAUCUGGCGCCUGUCGAUGGACCUCAACGGCGGCUUCCACAACGACAACGCCGCCAACGCCCGCAUCCUCACGCAGCUGGCCCUCACCCAGCCCCGGCUGCUGCCCUACCUGCCCUCCAUGGCCGAGGCCCUCGCCGCGUACAGCGGCUCCGCCCUCGCCCUCGGCGCCGUCAACACCCCGCUCCGCCACUCGUGGGACUUUGCCCUGCCGGGCAACCAGCUCAAGACGGAGGCGCGCCAGCGCUUCAACGCCACCCUCACCACGCAGGAGUACACGUCGGGCCACGCGGCCCCCUGGCAGACGCUCUUCUACGCCGUGCUGGCCGUCGUCCCCGCCCUCAGCCUGUGCUGCCUGUACUACACGCUCCGCCGCCCCGGCCUCGUCACCGACCUGACGGAGCCGCAGAACCUGUUCGCCCUGGCCAUCAACUCGCCGCCGAGCGCGCAGAUCAAGGGCAGCUGCGGCGGCGGCCCGCGCGGCAGGGACCUGGUCGUCCCGUGGCGCGUGGCCUACGCCCCCUCCGCGAACCACUACUUCUUCGACGAGGCGGCCGAGCGGCCGUGGAGGGGCAAGUACGCCGCCGAGGGGGCCACCAAGGCGCGGCCGGUGGUGGACGGCGCGAGCAGCUACAAGCGGUUGAGUGCGGGGAGGGGGUGGCUGUGA